GGCGGUGCUCAGCCUGCUGGCGGGCGCGCUGGCGCUGGCCGAGCUGCUGGGCGCGCCGGGGCCCGCGCCCGGCCUGGCCAAGGGCUCGCACCCCGUGCACUGCGUGCUCUUCCUGGCGCUGCUCGUGGUCACUAACGUCCGGUCGCUGCAGGCGCCCCAGCUGCAGCAGGUCGGCCAGCUCGCGCUGCUCUUUAGCCUCACCUUCGCUCUGCUCUGCUGCCCCUUCGCGCUCGGCGGCCCCGCCGGGGCGCACGCCGGGGCGGCGACGGUGCCGGUGACUGCCGACCAGGGUGUUUGGCAGCUCCUUUUGGUCACCUUCGUGUCCUAUGCCCUGCUUCCUGUGCGCAGCCUGCUGGCCAUCGGCUUCGGGCUCCUGGUGGCCGCCUCGCACUUGCUGGUCACCGCCACCUUGGUCCCCGCCAAGCGCCCACGUCUCUGGAGGACGCUCGGGGCCAACGCCCUGCUCUUCCUCAGCGUGAACAUGUUUGGGGUCUUUGUGAGGAUCCUGGCCGAGCGCUCCCAGAGGAAGUCCUUCCUGCAGGCCCGGAACUGCAUCGAGGACCGGCUGAGGCUGGAGGACGAGAAUGAGAAGCAGGAGCGGCUGCUCAUGAGUCUCUUGCCCCGGAAUGUCGCCAUGGAGAUGAAGGAGGACUUCCUGAAGCCCCCCGAGAGGAUUUUCCACAAGAUUUACAUCCAGCGGCAUGACAACGUGAGCAUCCUCUUCGCAGACAUUGUGGGCUUCACGGGCUUGGCUUCGCAGUGCACGGCCCAGGAGCUGGUGAAACUCCUCAACGAGCUCUUCGGCAAGUUUGAUGAAUUAGCCACGGAGAACCACUGCCGCCGCAUCAAGAUCCUCGGAGACUGUUACUACUGUGUGUCCGGCCUCACCCAGCCCAAGACGGACCAUGCCCAUUGCUGCGUGGAGAUGGGCCUGGACAUGAUCGACACCAUCACGUCUGUGGCCGAGGCCACUGAGGUGGACCUGAACAUGCGUGUGGGGCUGCACACUGGCAGGGUCCUCUGCGGGGUCCUGGGCCUGCGCAAGUGGCAGUAUGACGUGUGGUCCAACGAUGUGACCCUGGCCAAUGUCAUGGAGGCCGCCGGCCUGCCGGGGAAGGUUCAUAUCACGAAGACAACCCUGGCGUGCUUGAAUGGUGACUACGAGGUGGAGCCAGGUCAUGGACACGAGAGGAACAGUUUUCUGAAAACUCACAACAUCGAGACCUUUUUUAUUGUGCCAUCGCAUCGGCGGAAGAUAUUUCCAGGGCUGAUUCUCUCAGACAUAAAGCCGGCCAAGAGGAUGAAGUUCAAGACCGUGUGCUACCUGCUGGUGCAGCUCAUGCACUGCCGGAAGAUGUUCAAGGCCGAGAUCCCCUUCUCCAACGUCAUGACCUGCGAGGAUGACGACAAGCGGAGGGCGUUGAGAACAGCCUCGGAAAAACUCAGAAACCGCUCGUCUUUCUCUGCAAACGUGUACACCACCCCGGGCACACGCGUCAACAGGUACAUCAGCCGCCUCCUAGAAGCCCGCCAGCCAGAGCUGGAGAUGGCGGACCUGAACUUCUUCACCCUGAAGUACAAGCAAGCUGAGCGAGAGCGAAAGUACCACCAGCUCCAGGAUGAGUACUUCACCAGCGCGGUCGUGCUCGCCCUCACCCUGGCCGCCCUCUUCAGCCUCGUCUACCUUCUGAUCAUCCCGCAGAACUUGGCCGUCCUGCUCCUGCUGGUGUUCUGCAUCUGCUUCCUGGUGGCCUGUGUCCUAUACCUGCACAUCACCCGGGUCCAGUGUUUUCCAGGGUGCCUGACGAUCCAGAUUCGCACUGUCCUGUGUAUUUUCAUAGUGGUCUUAAUCUACUCUGUGGCCCAAGGAUGUGUGGUGGGCUGCCUGCCCUGGGCCUGGAGCUCCAGUCCCAACGGGUCCCUGGUGUUCCUGUCGUCUGGCAGCCGGAUUCCAGUGCUGCCUGCCCCGCCCUGCGAGUCUGCACCCCACGCCCUGCUCUGCGGCCUGGUGGGCACCCUCCCACUGGCCAUAUUCCUGCGAGUCUCCUCCUUGCCCAAGAUGAUCCUGCUGUCCGUGCUCACGGCGUCCUACAUCCUGGUCCUGGAGCUCAGCGGGUAUACCAAGGCCAUGGGGGGCGGCACCGUCUCCGGGCACAGCUUCGAGCCAAUUGUGGCCAUCCUGCUGUUCUCGUGCACGCUGGCCCUGCAUGCCCGGCAGGUGGACGUCAAGCUGCGGCUGGACUACCUCUGGGCCGUGCAGGCAGAGGAGGAGCGAGACGACAUGGAGCGAGUGAAGCUGGACAAUAAGAGAAUUCUCUUCAACCUCCUGCCGGCCCACGUCGCCCAGCACUUCCUCAUGUCCAACCCCCGGAACAUGGACCUCUACUAUCAGUCGUACUCACAGGUAGGCGUCAUGUUCGCCUCCAUCCCCAACUUCAAUGACUUCUACAUCGAGCUGGACGGCAACAACAUGGGGGUGGAGUGCCUGCGCCUCCUCAACGAGAUCAUCGCUGACUUUGACGAGCUCAUGGACAAAGACUUUUACAAGGACCUGGAGAAGAUCAAGACCAUUGGCAGCACCUAUAUGGCCGCGGUGGGACUGGCGCCCACAGCCGGGGCCAAGGCUAAGAAGUGCAUCUCCUCCCACCUCAGCACGCUGGCGGAUUUUGCCAUCGAGAUGUUCGACGUCCUGGAUGAGAUCAACUACCAGUCUUACAACGACUUCGUGCUCCGUGUCGGCAUCAACGUUGGCCCCGUGGUGGCCGGGGUGAUUGGGGCUCGCAGGCCACAGUAUGACAUCUGGGGAAACACUGUCAACGUGGCCAGUCGGAUGGACAGCACCGGGGUCCAGGGAAGAAUCCAGGUGACAGAGGAGGUGCACCGGCUGCUGCGGCGGGGCGCGUACCGCUUCGUGUGCCGAGGCAAGGUCAGCGUCAAGGGCAAGGGCGAGAUGCUGACGUACUUCCUGGAAGGCAGGACCGACGGAAACGGCUCUCAAACUAGAUUCCUGAACUCAGAGCGGAAAAUGUGUCCUUAUGGCAGAGCCGGCCUCCAGACCAGACAGGCCACGGGCCGUCCCCCAGUGCCCCCCGUGGCUGGCUUCCCGGUCACAGCCGGGCUGGCAGCUCUGCAGGGCUCUGGGCUCACCGCCCAGCCCCCUGGCGCACACCUGCCCCCUGGAGCAGCUGGGAAGGAGGCUUAGCGGAGCCCACGCUGGCCGUUGGGGACACAGGGCAUGAAUGCUCGGGGUGUCGGGCCCUUCAGGGCUCCAACAAGGACCAGCCCGGCCAGCAGAGCAGGGCCGGGGG